UGAACAAAUAAUGCCCAAUAGUAGUAAUUGUAGGGCGGGUCUUGGCGCUACCAUAGUGGGAGUCGUAAUUUUGCUGGAGGGUGAGAAGUGUCCGUUGGUCACUGCUGUUGCACGUGUUGGCUUUUACCCCUGCCACGCUGAAAAGGAUGGAGAAAAACAAAGUGCCGGCAAAAAAGAGGCUACGAGUUCCCACUCAGAAAAUGAAGGACCUGAGCACCCCUCCCCCAAAUGAGCAAUCUGGAUGUGUUGCAUUCGUCAGAUGGGAGGAUGGUUAUACCGGCAAAAUCUUUAAAGGAUCUGACAUUUUGGCAAGGGAUGAGGCUCCUGUGCAGCUGCAAGAUCUUAGAUCAGGAGAUCCUGUUUUAGCAAAGUGGUCAGAUGGUAAAUUUUAUAGGGCCACUGUUGAAUAUAUUUCAGGGGAAGAUCAGGCUAAGCUGCCAAAAAGCCACCCAACUCCACAGGAGUCCUUUUUAAAUAUGUUAAAAGGCGAUGAGCCAUCAGACUCAACGUCAGGGUCUGACACUAUUAUAAUAGAUAGGAGCCCACUGUCUGAGCAUGGCGAGAAAAUCUCAUCGCUGAAUCCGUCAACUGACGGGGGACAUGCAACAGGCCGCAACACAGCUGGACCACCACCCUAUGGCUCUGCCAAAGGGGGGACCAUUGGUCCAUCACCCUACAGAGGCCAUGAACCCAGCCCAUCACCGUAUGACCUCUACACCUUUGGUCCAUCACCCUACAGAGGACAUACAUCCAGCCCAUCACCAUAUGGCCUCAACACCCCAGGUACAUCGUUCUAUGGAGGCCAUACACCCAGCCCAUUACUGUACAGCCUCAACACCUCUGGUCCAUCACCUGGUGGAGGCCAUAUACCCAGUCCAUCAACAUACAGCCUCAACACCUCUGGUCCAUCACCUGGUGGAGGCAAUUCAGCCAGCCCAUCACCAUACAGCCUCAACACCUCUGGUCCAUCAACUGGUGGAGGCAAUUCAGCCAGCCCAUCACCAUACAGCCUCAACACCUCUGGUCCAUCAACUGGUGGAGGCAAUGCAGCCAACCCAUCACCAUACAGCCUCAACACCUCUGGUCCAUCAACUGGUGGAGGCCAUGCAGCCAACCCAUCACCAUACAGCCUCAACACCUCUGGUCCAUCAACUGGUGGAGGCAAUGCAGCCAACCCAUCACCAUACAGCCUCAACACCUCUGGUCCAUCAACUGGUGGAGGCCAUGCAGCCAGCCCGCAAAAAAAUGCAUGGACACCAUGUGAGGAUUGUAAGGGGGAGUUUGAAAGAAUCCUACAGGAAAAGAGAAGGAUCGAUGAGGUCAUCUCGAGAAUAGGCAAGUCAUUUCUGCUAAUUCAUUCAUGACGUAAUUGUUCUGUACCUAUAUUAGUGAUUGGGCUUUGAACACAUAGUUUGAACUCUCCUAGAAAAAAGGUAGAAAAGUGGGUUGUGGCGUUAGACAAUAUAAAUGGUAUGGGAAGGUUUAUAAACGUACUUAUUUAUUGCACAUAAUCCUUGAUAUU